AUGGUGGCGCGGGUAUGUCUUGUGCUCUCCAUCACAUGCAGCCUCCACCUACCGUUUAUCCUGGAGCAACCUAGCUCUAGCCUCAUGGAGCUUCAUCCAGCAUUUCGCUGGUUGUCGAAACAGUUCAAGAUUUACCGCAUAUUCGUGUGGCUUGGUGCUUACGGGGGCGGGAGCCCAAAGGGCACUUGGCUCUACUCCAACUACAAGGAGCUCCUCUCGCCGCUCUACUUGCCUUUGCCCAAAGACAAGGUGUGGGAUGCAGAAAUGAGCACGAAGAUACUGGUCUUAACCAAAAGACACCAAAAGACCAUUUGUAUCAUGAGUGUGAACUCCGAUGGCACGCUCUCCGUAAGCGGCGGGAAGGAUCUCAAAACGAGCCAACACUACCCGAUUCUCUUCGGGCGCACAGUGGCGGAGGUGGUCAUGCAGAAUCAUGAGAGCAUCUACAAUAAUGUUUACAAGAGGAGGCGGGGUCUACAAUCAUAUCCUUCAACAAAAAAUCCUUCAACUACCUUCAACGGGUAUCCAGUCUUGGAUGUUCUGUAA